GUCGUUGAUCAGAUGCUACGACUUGCGCUGCUUUUGUGGCUAAAUGUCCUCGAACAAACGUUAGCCUCGUACUGUGGUCAGGCAGCGAUCCCAUUCACGUUCCAAGUUCUUCAUAGUGGCCAGCCUGUGCUCGGCUGCGCUCGACCCAAAUGCUUUGGCUGGAAUGCAAACGGCACUAGGGCUGGUGGUGCAGCUCAAUUCUAUAGGAUUGACGGAAAAGAGGAUGGCUAUCUUCGACGAUCCGAUCAGCUUAUUCGCACUCCCUUUCGUGACAGGCAAAUGAUACCACAAAUGGCGGUCAGAACCUUGAAAAAGUACUUACGUCCUUGA